AUGUGCACCGGAAAGUGUUCCCGCUUCGUGGGGCUCUCCCUCAUCCCACUCUCCCUGGUCUGCAUCGUGGCCAACACCCUCCUGCUGGUGCCUAAUGCGGAGACUGGCUGGACCGACCACCUCAGCUUGCAUGUCUGGCUCAUGGCAGGCUUCAUCGGUGGGGGACUGAUGGUACUGUGCCCAGGAAUUACAGCUGUUCGGGCAGGGGGAAAGGGCUGCUGUGGCACAGGCUGCUGUGGAAACCGCUGCAGGAUGCUUCACUCGGUCUUCUGCUCGGCGUUUGGGGCGCUUGGUGCCAUCUACUGCCUUGCAGUAUCAGGAGCCGCGCUCCGAAUUGGACCCAAAUGCCUCAGUAACGACGAGUGGAAAUACCCGUUCGAAAACUCCAAAGGAGAGUACUUGCGUGACAAUAGUCUGUGGAGCCUGUGCAAGAGUCCGCCUCGUGUGGUCCCCUGGAACCUGACGCUCUUCUCGCUGCUGGUGGCUGCCUCCUGCCUGGAGGUGGUGCUGUGCGGGGUGCAGCUGGUGAACGCGACCAUUGGCGUUUUCUGUGGCGAUUGCAGGAAGAAGGAGGGCACUCCUAGCUGA